AUGGAGAACGAACACGGUGAGCUUGUCGAUCUUUACGUGCCCCGCAAGUGCGCUGCCACGGGCCGCCUUAUGGAGGCCAAGGACCACGCCUCGGUCCAGAUCGCUGUGGCCGACGUGGACGAGAACGGCAAGAUGAUUCCUGGCUCGACGACCAACAUUCCGAUCUCGGGCGCCGUUCGUCACCAGGCUGAGAGUGACGACUCGAUUAACCGUAUUGCGCAACAGAUGGGCUUGAUGAAGAACGUCUGGUCGUACCAACAAAAGUAA